GGGCAGCUCGGCCCCUUCCCCGCCCUCCUCAGCCCGGAGCUCGCGGAGAGCAGCGACCCCUGGCCGCACAGGGAGCCGCGCUGACAGAGAUGCCGCCUGCUGCCGCGGGGCUGCUGCUGCUCUAGAGCCGGGACCCCCCCCCCCGCACUCCGGGGCCCGCUGCUCCCCGCGCCCCGCACAUGGCGGUGCCGAACGGCUCCGUGCCCGGCGGGGAGCCCGGGCAGAGCGAGAGCAAGAGCCCGCCCGCCCCCUCCGGGAAGAAAGAGCUGAAGAUCGUGAUCGUGGGGGAUGGAGGCUGCGGGAAAACGUCUCUGCUCAUGGUGUACGCGAAGGGAGCCUUCCCGGAGAAAUAUGCACCUUCUGUAUUUGAAAAGUAUACCACCAGUAUUACCAUUGGCAACAAAGAAGUAAUUCUGAAUUUGUAUGACACUGCAGGGCAGGAGGAUUAUGAUCGGCUACGACCACUUUCAUACCAGAAUACAAACAUGGUCUUAAUUUGUUAUGAUGUUAUGAACCCUACUAGCUAUGAUAAUGUUUUAAUUAAGUGGUAUCCUGAAGUAAGUCACUUCUGCCGGGGAGUCCCUCUAAUACUCAUCGGCUGCAAAACAGACCUUCGAAAGGACAAAGAACAUUUACGUAAGCUCAUGUCUUCUGAGCAGGAACCAAUCACAUAUAACCAGGGUGAAGCAGCUUGUCAGCAGAUGAAGGCACAAGCUUAUUUGGAGUGCUCAGCCAAGUGUCGAGAAAACAUAGAGGAUAUUUUUAAAGAAGCAACAAACAUUGCAUUGAAUGCCAUGAAAAAAGCUAAGCGCCGAAAAAAGAGGAAACGGUGUUCAAUAUUAUGAUGAUCCAGACCACCGGGACUAUAGAAGAGCUUGUUAAAAUCUUGAUACAUUUAUUAUUAAUAGUUUAUUUUUAUAA